AUGCGAGUCAGACGCAACACACGUUGCGCUCGUGGUCUUUGCGUUUUUAUAGCGUUUAAUGGUGCACAUUUUCACGCGUCUUCAUCGCUAUCCGUGCUUCAGUGCUUGCUGCAUUGCAUAGCGGCUCAUGGUGGAAUUAUGCGUGUAGCUGUUUCUCGAGAAAUUGUCGUACUUGUUCGCGAGCGCCAUGUAUCAGUGGUCAAGACUGAGUAA